CACGUGAUAUAUUACCUUUCAAAAUGGGUUCCGGAAGUUGUGACGUUUGAUGCUCCAGAUUUGACAACAUUUUGACAAGUUGUUGCUGCUGAAACUGGAGAUAUGAUGUCGUGAAUUUACAGUUGAUCAUAAACUGUUAUAUAUUUGGAGAUUUGGCUGACAAAAUGACAUUAUGGGAAAAUCUGAAAGGAUUUGCCAGCAGCCGUCCUCCACUGGUGAUGUUCAUGGUCUGUCUGGGAGCCUUUGCCAUAGCUUUGAUUUCACUGUCUUAUUAUUUUAAAUCUAAUGACCUCUACAAUCCAGAUUUAACUGAGGAAUGGCAGGCAUUUUUAGAGAAUUUUGCUGAAGUUGACUUUUGUAUUACUAAUAAUGAUUCUGACAUACAGAUAGGAGAUUUUGAACCUCCAUUGAGAUUACACCAUAUAUACUCAAAGUUAAGACCAACGUCACAUUUCUCUAGACCCACAAAUGAUGAAGUUGUGAACACAUCUAUAUCAAUGUGGGUUGAGAUUACUCCUACAAGAGAAUUAAUCCACAUGCCAAACAAUAUAACAUUCCUUUACGCAUCACUGAAUGGCAGUAUGGUUGGAUUAAGAGAUCAUAAGCUAGAAGACACAAUGAAUUUGACAUUAUAUCUACCUAUUGCUUGGAAUCAAAUCCAUUGUUUGAAGACAGGAAGGUGUUCAACUGUUAAAGUACUGGCUUGUGUCAACUUCCAGGCUCCUGCCUAUUUCUUCCCAAGUGUCAGGCAACCUGGAGUUUGUUAUGGUAUGAACGAAUCAGGAGCAGAAUAUCAUAGUAAGAUGGUGGCCAUUCAUAAAAGUAGUCAGGCAGGUGGAAAGAAGGCGUGUCCUGGGAGUCCACACCUACUUAUCAAACAUUCCAGAGAUCCAAACAUCAACAUGAUGUUGACUCUUGAGGACCGAUCUGUAAUUAACCUACAUCUGAUGCACACAAGUUACUUCCUGGUUGUGAUGUUCAUUACAUUAUUUUGUUACGCUUUAAUCCGAGGGAAACCUGCAAAACCAAAAUCACAUCCGUACACAGAGGUUCAGACUUCAGUAUAGUAUAUACCAAAGGAUUACAAGUGUACUCUUCUAUGACAGUAAAACGAUCAGCUGUUGAAGAUAGUUAACAGAAAUGCUCACCAAAAAGAAAUCCAAAGUAAAGAAGUAGUUCAUGUCCAACUGUAAACUGUUGAAGCUUUUUUUAAAUGCUUUGAAACAGUUUUUAUAAAUCUGCCACUAAUUUAUUUUGUCAUGAAGUAUUCAUUAACUUUUCAAGAAUCUUUGACCAAUUUGGAAAAAAACAAGCUGCAUGGCUUACUAUAAUACUUCUUCUAUAUUAUAUAGAAGUAAAUUAAUGUUUAUUUAUAUAGUUGGUUUCUAAUGAAUUUAAUAGGUGAAAGUGGAAACCAUAAUUUUGGAUUUUUUUUUUUUUUUUACUAUGAAUCGCAAAUUUUAAAAUGACAAUAAAACUUGGUCAAUACAUAUAAAAUCCAGGUUGUUAAAAUCUGGAAAAUAAGUAUUUUUUUCUGUGCAUAGGGACUCUGAAAUAGUGUUUUCAUCAAUUUAUGUUCCUGUAAAAUAUAAUAGAAAAAGCAAAUUAACACUAAAUGAACAGCUUAGAGAUAUAACAAGAAUGCUACCUUUUUAGUUGAAACAAAAUAGGAAAAACAAAAACUUUUUUAAAACUUGAAGAUAAAAUGCUAAAUUUUUAUGAUAAACAAACUUUUCAGGAUCUUGUAUAUUGCAAUUAAUGUUUUAUUCAGCAAAUGUUUCAAAUAGAAAAAAUAUGUUUGAAAUAAUGAUAAAUGUAUGUAUGGUUAAUAUAUACAUAUUUAAUUUUACCAAAGUUUUCUCGUACUACAUGUAUUUUUUGUUAUUUAUUGUUUUGCUUUACACAUGAUGUAUACAUAUUUUCAUCUAAAAACAUAUUUGGUUGUGUACAUAUUUCAUUAUAUCAUAUAUGUCAGUAAUGUAGUAUUUGACAAAAAAAUGUUUAGUUUUUAGUCAUCAUAGCAAUUUAAGAGGGUUAUGUAAUCUUUAAACUACAAUCAAUACAUAUUAUGUUGUAAUCAUUCAGUUAUUGAGAUUUUGUAAAUACACUGUUAUUAUACAUUUUUUGUCAUCAGAAAUAUUCAAUCUACAUUAAUUCAAUGGGGAUAAAAUACAGAUCCUGUCCAUGCUUUGUAUACAAGUAUCUAAAGACUUUAUUUCUAAUUUUGUGAUUAUAAUUCUAGCCAAUGAAAUUACAGCUUCUGAAUUUUGUUUGGGUGAUCAUUAUGACAAAUCUAGAGGAUACCGAAAGGUAUUAUAAAACUGAAAGUAGAACAGAGCUUUUUCAUAUCAAUGUAAGCAAAGCAUGGAUGCAUUAUAUACUUAUUUAAUUAUUUAGACUAGACCCACUCACCACAUCUUGGGCAUUUGGCUAGUAAUUUACUUAUUUGGUAAUUAAUGUCAUAGCUGAUUGUUAAAACUGGAAGCCAUACAUUAUAUUGAUAAAAAAAAUUCAUUUAAUUGCCAAGAGUUAAAAGCUUUCAGUAGGAGUCAAAAAUAUUUCAUAGAUUUUAUGACAAUUUUUUUCUUUCUUCCCAAAACAUACCAACAGAUAAAAUCCACAAUACAUGCCUUUUCUGGAACAGUCUUAACUAAAGACUUGCAAGUCUUGUUGGAGAAAGGAUUACUGAGUUAACAUUUCAGUAAAUGAUCUUCUCGACAUUUGCAUAUUAAGAUAUUAUUUAUGACAGAGAGUGAUAUUAUUUACAUCCUAUUACAUGACUGGCAUGUUACUUCUGAUAUUUCCUAAGUGAACUGAUAUUAAACACUAUAACUGUAUGCAAAUAAACAUGUAUUUCUUCAUAUGUUACCAUGUUAAAAAGUCAAAAAACGGUUAUGUUGCACUUGUAAUAUCAGAUAAACUGUUUAAAUGGAUAUUUUCUGAAAAUUACGAGAAAAUUCUUUAAAAUGCUCUUUAAUAUGGUCAUGACAUAGAUUAAUUAAAAAUGAAUGAUAUGUUUAUAAAUGAACAGAAAAUAUUAAUCUAAAUCAUUUUUUUCGUCUUAUUUUUAAUGUUAAAAAGUCAAAAAUGGGUGUCAUUACACACAAGUACUCAGUAACCAAAGCAACUGAUAUCUGUAUUCAAAAAGUCUGUAUCAACAAUGUUUAAAAAGGCUUUAUUUUCAUGGACUUGUUAAAUCAUUGUUUUCAUAUUUGUAAAAUACUUUGUUUUAUCAUAUGCACUAAAGAAUGAAGAAAAAAUACUCAAUGUAUAUGGUGUUCAUUUUUAGUAGGUUACUAUUCGACUGAAAAUUUGAUAGGAGUUUGAUUGAUAUCUGUAUAAUACUUAACAUGAUGGACAGGU